AUGGCGGAUUCCGAAUCUAAAAUCUAUCACGAACGACAACGAUUACAAUUUUGCCUCUUGCACUGCCUCAACAAUCUAUUUCAGGACAAAGACGCAUUCACUAAAGAAAGCUUGAACUCAAUCGCAGAGAAGCUCGAGACCAAUGAUCCAAACAAAGAAACAUGGACACCUCUCUCUUUCGUCCUCAAGCCUCACCACAAUACAAUCACUGGUAACUACGACGUAAACGUGAUGAUUACAGCUCUUGAAGGAAAAGGCAAGAGUGUUGUUUGGCAUGAUAAGCGUAUUGGAGCUUCUUCGAUUGAUCUUGAUGAUGCAGAUACUUUAAUGGGUAUUGUGUUGAAUGUUCCUGUUAAGAGAUAUGGUGGACUUUGGAGAAGUAGGCAUUGGGUUGUUGUUAGAAAAAUCAAUGGUGUUUGGUAUAAUUUGGAUAGUGAUCUCGUUGUGCCGCAGCUGUUUAGAGAUGAUGAUGAAGUUAGAGGGUUCUUGGAUCAAAAUCUGAGUUUAGACGUGAUUGGAUUAAUUUGGAACCUGCCAUAUAAUGCCAAUCAACUUCCAUUAGCAUCUAACUACCGAGUAGUCAUCACUCAUUGGUCUGAUCUCAAUGGAAUGUUCUCACAUGUAACAAAUUACCCUCUAGACUUUGAUGUCUAUCCUCAAGUCUCAAGUAAGGUAUCUGCAAUAUAUAAAGCUACAGGAACAAAACGGUUCAAUGCAAACACUAGACCAGUAACUCCUGGUAAGCAAUCCUCAGUCAAGGGACCAUAUUAUAAGAAUCCGGGAUGCACAACAAGCUGUGGUUUGAGGCUACCGAGGAAAACGGAAUGCACAGCAGCAAGACUGAUCAAAGAUCUCAGCUGUAAAUUCGUUAUGGGCUUACGUCUGGUGGUGAUGAGGAAGAAGAAGAAGAAGAGAUCUCCACCAUUGAAGAAGGCUUCUUCUUCUGGGAUAUCUCAGCCUUCAGUCAUCUCUGUCGUUAAUGAUAAUAAUCACAGAUCAGCGGCAAUAGAAGACUGCAUACAAUUCAUAAACUCCUCUUCCUCCUUCACAAGAUCAAAUUCUACCUGUGGCAGUAAAUCUUAAGUUUUAGUUAUGACCUUAAGUUUCGAAAACUCUU